AGUCAACCCCAUGUAGCACAUUGUCAUUGAGUCAACCCCCUCCAUGUUUUACGAUCUCCAUAUUGAAGCAACCAUGUGUCUCUUGAUAACAUCCCCACUCAUUUAUUGCUUCAUGUACUUCAACUCCUUUUCUUAAUCAUGUUGACUUUUUUUGAGUUCAUACAGCUGACCCAUCUUUGAUUUCAUCCCCCCACCCACAGAGCACCUUCAAAUUGGGGCAACUGUUCCUUUAAAGAUCUUGCAAAACCCAUUCCUCAAAAACUCAAAAUCCAGUUUUAAUCCAAAUGGAUUAUCAUCAGUCAAUCAAGGUUCAACAAAAGUCUGCCUACCAAUCUGAUCCAUCAACCUCUAGUUUCCCAAUCUUAGCCAUUGCAGCACUCUGCAUCGUAGCAACAGCUUUCUUGCUCGUUUCCUACUACUUUUUCGUCACCAGAGGCUGCUUCAACUGGCAACAAGUGAACCCAUUAAGACGCUUUUCCAUGUCACGGGAACGAUACACACCCGACCCGUUAUCAUCUCCAUACUCGACUCCUCCAUGGCAGGUUCGGGGACUCGAUGAAGUACUAAUCCGCGAGAUCCCCAUUUUUCAAUAUACAGAAAGCGAAGGCGAGAAACGGAGUUUAUACGAAUGUGUUGUUUGCUUAACCGAUUUUCAGGAAAUGGAUACGUUAAGAGUUCUUCCAAGCUGCAACCACGCGUUUCAUUUAGACUGCAUUGACAUUUGGCUUCAGAACAAUGCGAAUUGCCCUCUUUGCAGAUUGAGCAUUUCAGGUAACACAAGGUAUCCAAAAGACAAAAUAAUUGCACCAAGUUCUUCACCUCAAGAUCCUCAAAUGAGCCCCACUGGCAGGAAUCAAGAUUUCUUGGUGAUUGAGUUGGGUGAAGAGGACCAUGGGUCAAGAUCACAACAAUCUAGAGGUCAUUCUCCAAGAAAGAUUGGAGGGAAGAGGGCGAAAACAAGAAAAUGUCAUCAUGUUUCGAUUAUGGGAGAUGAGAACAUUGAUAUUAGGGGAAAAGAUGAGCAGUUUUCUAUCGAACCGAUUCGGAGAUCGUUCUCAAUGGAUUCAGCAAUUGAUCGCCAUAUAUAUUUAUCGGUUCAGGAAAUCAUACAGAACCAUGGAAGUCUGCAACAAAUCAGAACCAAUGAAGAGGGAAGUAUGAGUGGAAGAACAAGAAGACCUUUCUUCUCGUUUGGAAAUGGUAGAGGAUCAAGAAAUGCUGUUCUUCCUAUCUAGCUCCAGUGUGUUGCGUAUAGAUGAGAUGAAUCGUGUUCUUUUUUUUCUUCUAUUUUGAUUGGAUUUUAAAUUUGUUUUUCUUAA